AGAAUGUCACAUGACGGGAAUGUGUUUGUGUGUGUGCGCGUGUAGCUCGCUCUCGUCAGCUGUGCAACUGUAUGAUCAUGGCGGAUCCGGAAGGAGAGUCACUGGAGUCAUGGCUGAACAAAGCCACCAAUCCCUCCAACAGACAAGAGGAGUGGGAGUACAUCAUUGGGUUCUGUGAUCAAAUCAAUAAGGAACUUGAGGGCCCACAGAUAUCAGUCCGAUUAUUGGCACAUAAAAUCCAGUCACCACAAGAAUGGGAGUCAUUACAAGCAUUAACGGUUUUAGAAGCUUGCAUGAAGAACUGUGGGAGAAGGUUUCAUAAUGAAGUUGGAAAAUUUCGAUUUUUAAAUGAACUCAUAAAAUUAGUUUCACCUAAGUAUUUGGGAGACAGAGUGUCUGAAAGAGUGAAGAUUAAAGUAAUAGAGCUGCUCUACAACUGCUCAGUUGCUUUACCAGAUGAGGCGAAGAUCGCAGAGGCCUAUCACAUGCUAAAGAAGCAAGGCAUUGUAACGAAAGACCCAGAAGUUCAUGUGGAUAGGACCCUCGUUCCUUCGCCAAAGAUCAAAAACCCAGUGUUUGACAAUGAAGAAAAGAGUAAGCGUCUUGCAGAACUUCUUAAGAGUAAGAAGCCAGAGGAUCUUCAAGAAGCCAACCGCAUCAUCAAGAACAUGGUGAAAGAGGAUGAGGCUUUACAGCAAAAAGUUUCCAGUCGUGUCAGCACCCUAGAGAAGGUGAACAACAGUGUGAAGCUCCUUAAUGAGAUGCUAAGCCAUUUCAAAACGGAUGAGUCAACACAAGAAGACAAAGAACUUCUAAAGGAUCUUUAUAAUGACUGCGACAACCUUAGAACUGCUGUCUUCAGACUCGCCACCGAGACCGAGGAUGAUGACAGUGCCUUAGGUGAUAUUUUGCACGCUAGUGAUGAUCUCUCACGAGUAAUCAACUCCUAUAAGAAGAUUGUUGAAGGACAGACCAUUGUGAUUGACAUACCAGCAUCAACACCAACAGAGUGCACCAAUGACAGAAGCUCUUCUGAGAUCUUGAUUGAUUUGGCAGAUUUGGAAUCUGGAACUCCUUCACCCCUCCGACAUGGCUUGACUCCACCUCAGCACUCAGAGUCUCUAGCAGCUGACCUUCUCACGCUUACGUCUUUAAUCGGAGCUCAACCGUCCUCUUCCAACACGUCAUCCGGAUCCUCAAGUUUCCAAACCAGUCCUCCAUCAAGCCAGCUUCCCAGCAGCCUGUCUCUUUUAGAUGAAGAACUUGGCUCUUUUGGCCUUGGUAGUUUGGAAUCAAACUCAAGGACAUCUGCAGAAAAGACUACAAAAGAAGCUCAAAGCAAUCAGUGGAUUUCUUCACAAAUUUCAAAACCAGUGACUGACUUCCUCUGCAGCUCUACUCCCUUAAAUCCUCCGAACUCAGCAGCACCACCUACAUCUAAAACUACCUCAAUCACUGACUUUGAAAACUCUCUCCAACAGAGCUUUAAAGAUCUUGUACUGCUGGACCUGGACAAGACUAAAAGCCAGUCCAAUUAUUCAAGCUUGAGCAGCAGAGAACUUGCAGCUGGGAAAGAGAACAUCCAUCCUGCAUUAAACACACUGAGUCUGUCUGCUGGAAUUACUCCAUUGCCUUCUGCUGUAAGCUCUGCCAAACCCCAGAGCUUCGCCCCGGACAGCCCUGUCUUCAGAUCCCUUUCUCCUACCCUACCCAGCAGUCAGUCAUCCUCAGGCUCGGACGUCUCCCUAACCAGCAUCUUUGUCCCACUGGAGUCCAUUAAACCAAGUAAGGAGUGUGCAGUGACAGCUUAUGAUAAGGAUGGUGUUCGCGUGUUGUUGCACUUUGCUACUGACCACCCAGCAGGUCGUCCUGAUGUUCUGGUGAUUGUGGUGUCCAUGCUGAACACAGCACCACUGUUAGUCAGGAAUGUAAUGCUUCAGGCUGCUGUGCCAAAGUCUAUGAGAGUGAAGUUGCAACCCCCUUCAGGAACAGAAAUGGCCCCCUUUAACCCCUUCAUGCCCCCCAGUUCCAUCACUCAGAUUAUGCUGCUGGCAAACCCACUGAAGGAGAAGGUGAGAAUGAGGUACAAGCUGACAUUCAUUCUUGAAGAUCAACCAGUCACCGCAUCUGGAGAAAUAGACCAGUUCCCUCUAGUAGAAAAAUGGGGUCAUUUAUAGCCGUGUAAGCAUUAUUAUUCAUAAAAACAAAUAAAAAAAACUUACUGGGUGUGGGUGAGUUUCAGCAGUAUCUAAAAAGUAUACUAUGUUCAGGACAGGAUCUUUAAAGCUGGAUGUUACAUUUUUCAAUCCCAGUCUUUGAGUAAUCCCACAGAUAUCUUGAAUUGAUGUGCUGGUCUUGGUCAUCGGGUAUUGUUGUCAUUAACAUGUUAUUUCUUAAUCGGUCAUUUUAUUGUUAACUGCCAGAGCACAAUUCAGUCCAUACCUCACCCUGACAUGCAGUGAAGAUGUCAAAGCACUGGACGUUUUCUUUUUUCUUACUUUCUUUUUUUGUGUGAAGCAAUAUACCAGUUGAGUUAUUGUUCUUAGUGAAUUGUAUUGAUGUCCUCUCUGAGUUAUACAUAUUUAUUUUCUAUUUAUCAAGUUCUUUGUGUUUGACAUUGCUAGCUUGUCUGGCUUAAAGCCAAAUAUACAUUUUUAACGUUAGCAGCAAUUCUGCAGAUGACAUUAAUUCACACAAGGGAGUGUGAGCAAAAACAUGGUGAUUUCUUUGAUUCGCUGAAUGCAAAUGAUCAGUUUCAAUUUAUUUCCAUUUUCACACAACUGGAAGCAAUCUGUUUUGAAUAUAAUUGGACAGGAAGCUGGCUUUAAUGUGUAAAAAGAGACUUUUGUGUGGAUGGUACAAUUGCCAAUCUUUACAUUGUAAAAUGUGACUUAUGUUUGCAGGAAUGGGUUGAUAAAUGCAAUGGAUGCCUUUUUUUUGUACUUCUUUUUAUUUGUUUUUACAGCAGGCACCUCAGUAUUGUAUUGUUUUGUUGUAUUUGAUGUGUAUGUAUGUGUGUUGGUCUGGGGGGGUUGGAGAGGGAUGGAGGAGAAAUUGGGAUGAUCAUAUCAAUUAACUCUUAAAUUAUUUUGAAUAAGAGCAUCACAGAUCUUCCAGUGAUGCGCUUUUAGAGUUGAAAGUAAAAUCUACAAUGUAAUGUUGUGUAUACUGUUUUAAAGAUAAAUAAAUAUAUUGUUUUGAACAGUUUCCUGAA